AUGAAGAUAUUAAUUUUAUGGUUUUUACUGGGGUUACUCGUGACCAAAAUAAAUGCUGCUGUUACUACGAUUUCAGCACCUACAACUUUAUCAGGUGAUCAAACAUUUUCUGAUGAUAUAGUGAUUGAAUCAGGUGCUACUCUUGAAUUGGUAUCAGGUACUUCAUAUUCCUUCAAUGGCAAUAUUGAUGUCAAAGGGACUUUAGAUAUUAUUGGUGAUUCAACAAAAGGUUUAACCAGUCUACAAUUUGGUUCUACUACGACAAUUACAAACAGUGGUAAUAUCAACAUCGAAAAUAUUAAAUCAGCAGGUUCUGCCAGUGAUUUUGUUAUUUCACCUGCAAGUAUAGAUAACUCUGGUACAUUCACUGUCUCACAAUUAAAUGCUGCUGCUACUGUACCAGGUACUAACUUUACUCUAGCCCCAACUGGUUCUUUCAUUAACACAGGUACAAUUGACUAUGACACAGCUGAUAAGGGGGGUACCACAAAUGGAUUUCUUUAUCUUGGUACUAUAACAAAUAAUGGUGUUAUCAAGUCUGGUGGGUUUGCUGGCUUAAUAAAUCAAGAAUCUUAUUUAGUCCCUAGUAGAUAUGAUAUGAAAGGUAUCAUUUUCAAUAAUCCUAUAGAAGGUCAAGGUGAAGUUACUGGUAAUCAGGGGUCAAUUGUUCUUAUUAACACAAAUAAUAUUGGAGAACAAACCUUCAAUGUUUACAAGGGUAUGUAUAUUAUUAAUCCAAAAAUUGUACCAAGCUCACUUAUAGUCAAGAAUUCAAUCGGGUCUAUGAUUGUAUUCUUAGAUGUUGACUAUUAUCCAUGGGCUGCUGAUAAUUUUGGCACCUCAUUGGCAUCUACAAAUAUUAAUUUUGCAAUAGAUGGUCACCAUUACUGGUUUAAUGUGAGUUGUCCAGGUGGUUGGGAGACGCAACAUCAAAGCUUUACUGUUACACCAUCUGAUCCUCUUUAUCAAAUUGGUGGUACUUUCAUAUACCUAACUCAAUUUUAUUAUUCUCCAUACUGUUCAUGGAUAUCUGAACCCAUUAUAAAGACAGUGACAAUUACUACUGAGAAUUUCAUUACUGAAGCUACUACUAUUUCAACGGUGACAACAUCUACAACUAAUCAAUACGCAUAUAUUGUCACCGAGAUUAUUUAUGAUGUUGCUGUGCCUCCAGUAUCUACUAUAUACACGGCCACUACUAGCGUUAUCACAGCUCCAACUACAUCCACUUACACCACCACUGUCACCGAUAGUAAUGGCUCUUCCUCUGCUGAGGUUGUUGUUGUUGUGAUCACACCUGCUCCAUCUACCUUGUUCACUACUACCACUGGCGAUGUCUCUGAAUUAACCACAUCCACUUACACCACCACUAUCACCGGUAGUAAUGGCUCUUCCUCUGCUGAAGUUGUUGUUGUUGUGAUCACACCACACCCAUCUGGUUCUAUCAUCUCGACCACUACUACUGGUGCAGUCACAGUUCCAACUACAUCCACUUACACAACUGUAGUCACAGACAGCAACGGUUCAUCUUCUACUGAAGUUGUUAUUGUUGUGAUCACACCUGCUCCAUCUACCUUGUUCACUACUACUACUGGCGAUGUCUCUGCAUUAACCACAUCCACUUACACCACCACUGUCACCGAUAGUAAUGGCUCUUCCUCUGCUGAGGUUGUUGUUGUUGUGAUCACACCACACCCAUCUGGUUCUAUCAUCUCGACCACUACUACUGGUGCAGUCACAGUUCCAACUACAUCCACUUACACAACUGUAGUCACAGACAGCAACGGUUCAUCUUCUACUGAAGUUGUUAUUGUUGUGAUCACACCUGCUCCAUCUACCUUGUUCACUACUACUACUGGCGAUGUCUCUGCAUUAACCACAUCCACUUACACCACCACUGUCACCGAUAGUAAUGGCUCUUCCUCUGCUGAGGUUGUUGUUGUUGUGAUCACACCACACCCAUCUGGUUCUAUCAUCUCGACCACUACUACUGGUGCAGUCACAGUUCCAACUACAUCCACUUACACAACUGUAGUCACAGACAGCAACGGUUCAUCUUCUACUGAAGUUGUUAUUGUUGUGAUCACACCACACCCAUCUGGUUCUAUCAUCUCGACCACUACUACUGGUGCAGUCACAGUUCCAACUACAUCCACUUACACAACUGUAGUCACAGACAGCAACGGUUCAUCUUCUACUGAAGUUGUUAUUGUUGUGAUCACACCUGCUCCAUCUACCUUGUUCACUACUACUACUGGCGAUGUCUCUGCAUUAACCACAUCCACUUACACCACCACUGUCACCGAUAGUAAUGGCUCUUCCUCUGCUGAGGUUGUUGUUGUUGUGAUCACACCACACCCAUCUGGUUCUAUCAUCUCGACCACUACUACUGGUGCAGUCACAGUUCCAACUACAUCCACUUACACAACUGUAGUCACAGACAGCAACGGUUCAUCUUCUACUGAAGUUGUUAUUGUUGUGAUCACACCUGCUCCAUCUACCUUGUUCACUACUACUACUGGCGAUGUCUCUGCAUUAACCACAUCCACUUACACCACCACUGUCACCGAUAGUAAUGGCUCUUCCUCUGCUGAGGUUGUUGUUGUUGUGAUCACACCACACCCAUCUGGUUCUAUCAUCUCGACCACUACUACUGGUGCAGUCACAGUUCCAACUACAUCCACUUACACAACUGUAGUCACAGACAGCAAUGGUUCAUCUUCUACUGAAGUUGUUGUUGUUGUGAUCACACCACACCCAUCUGGUUCUAUCAUCUCGACCACUACUACUGGUGCAGUCACAGUUCCAACUACAUCCACUUACACAACUGUAGUCACAGACAGCAACGGUUCAUCUUCUACUGAAGUUGUUAUUGUUGUGAUCACACCUGCUCCAUCUACCUUGUUCACUACUACUACUGGCGAUGUCUCUGCAUUAACCACAUCCACUUACACCACCACUGUCACCGAUAGUAAUGGCUCUUCCUCUGCUGAGGUUGUUGUUGUUGUGAUCACACCACACCCAUCUGGUUCUAUCAUCUCGACCACUACUACUGGUGCAGUCACAGCUCCAACUACAUCCACUUACACCACCACUGUCACCGGUAAUAAUGGCUCUUCCUCUGCUGAAGUUGUUGUUGUUAUAGUUACACCAUUUCCAUCUAAUAGCUUCAUGACAUCACCAAUUUCUAUAUCAUCUCCUCUAUACAGAAACUCCACUAUUCCUAGCGAAAAGACUACAACUACUUUGAGUAGCACUUUUGUUGUUUUGACUACAGUUGUUAAUGGAGUUACUAAGACCACAACUUAUUGUUCUGAGCCAUCUGCAACUUCUGAAACAAUUAUGACUAACUUCAAUGAACAUGGUUCUAUUGAAUCAGUUUAUUCAAGGAACCAACAAGAAGAGACUAACUCACUUUCUGCUGUUUCCAACGCAACCCCAGUUAUUUCUAUUGCUUCUACCAUCACUAGUCCAGCAUUUAGCAACGGUGAAAAUCAUCCAACAUCUAGAAACUCUAGAACAUCUACCACUAUGGUCGGUAAUAAUGAGUCUAGAAGACCAGAAACAUCACCAACCACAAUGGUGCCACAAGUUUCUCAAUAUGCUUCUAAGCAACCAUCCUCAUCGUCCACUGCUAUCUCAGUACCUCAUGGAGGUGCACCUUCUCUUGUAUCAUAUGAAGGUAAAGGUAGCACUAUAUAUAUGAAAUGGAGUGUUGCCCAUUGUAUUGGUUUAUUAUUAUUUAUGGUUGUUUAA